AAGGACGAGCGUCCUUUGUCAUGUUUGACUAGCUGAUUGACUGGCUGGCUGACUCAUCGGCGAGCUUGAGAUCACUGCCAAGACGAACGGCAAGGGCCGAGCCUCGCGACCCAGAUUAUAAAAGCUUGAUAAUUGACGACUGUUCGCCAAACCGUCCUCUCAUCAUUCAAUAUGCCAGUCCUGCUUGAAGGAACGUGUCACUGCAAGCAAGUCAAGUAUACAGUCGAGUCCAAUACGCCUGUACCAUUUGCACUAUGCCAAUGUUCCAUCUGCCGCAAAGUCGGAGGAUACAUGGGUAGCGUGAACAUCAUGGGCAACACGGAUACUCUCAACAUCAUUCGAGGGAAGGACAAGAUCAAGGUCUACGUUGCUCCCAUGAGCUUUGACGAAAAUGAUCAACCCAAAGAACAAGGUUCCUCAAAGAGAAGCUUCUGCUCCAACUGCAGCAGCAUGCUUUGGAACUACAGUGAUGAGUGGCCUCAUUGGAUCUAUCCCUUCGCAUCGACUAUUGACUCGCCCAACCCUCUUCCACCCAUUCCCAAGGGUCACAAGAUGAUAUCCAUCAAGAGAGACAGCUGUCCAGAGUAUGUGCCUGUCCCGGAGGGUGUGACGGCCAAAGCGGGAUACGGCGAUAUGGAAGGCAUCGAGAUCUGGCACAAGAAGACAGGGGCUUGGGUAGACUAGGCGAGCGUUUGCGGACUGUCUGCCUCGUACCUCGUGAGGGGUCAUUCGGAUCGUGAUCCAGAGUCCAGUCAAAUCCACUUCACAAGUCUGCUUCAGUCGGAAAUAUUGAGCUCCAGUCUUUACAUGCAGUCCAUCGUUCUUUCCAAAGCUCGUGAAUGGUGCAAGACUUCUUGUAGAUGUGCUUCGACCUCGUCGCUGGUAUUGCUUGAUUCAGCCGCACUGUCAGUAAUCCGACGGCAUAAUUUCCCCG